AUGGAAAGUGGUUAUUUUUCAGCUUGGAAGAGUGCUGGUUCUUUGCAUGGGCUACAACAUGUAGUAGAGGAAGCUAUGGAGAUGAAAAUAGUGGCAACCUUGCCUGCAAUCCCUCAGCCACAAACACCACAGGAGCCUAUGGAGUUUUUGUCAAGGUCAUGGAGUCUUUCUGCUUCAGAAAUCUCAAGGGCUCUUGCUCAAAAGCAGAAGCAAAUUUUACUUGAAAAAAGUCCUGACAAAUUCCCAGAAGCAACUGUUGUGCCACAACUAACAGGAAAGAUUAUAAAGUCUGUUAAUACUCGGAGAACGAAGUCUAUGGGCAAAUGGUUCCACCAUAAGGAGUUCACUAGUAGCACAGUGAAGAAGAAAGAUAAGGAACGGGUAGAAAGAGCACGAGUGCAUUAUGCUGUCUCCAUUGCAGGAGUUGUUGCUGCCUUGGCUGCUGUAACUGACUGCAGCAGAAAACUCUAG